AUGCUCAACUACUCAGACCCAGACGUUGUGCCCUUCUUCUGCCCUGACCAAAUGACGGGAAAAACCUGGGACCAUAAGGCCAUCACACGAGAAGCUUUCAGACGUGAGGUACGACGCUUCUUCCUAGAGAACCCACCAACCAACGAGUCCUUCACCAUCCCUGAGGACGCCUCCCUCUCGCAGGUGUUCAGGGCUUACUACGGCCCCAUCUCUUCCCCUGCACGUUUCAUGAAGGCAGUAAGCAACAUAGCGUGGAGCAAUGCCAUGACGGAGACCAGUGGGCAGCUGCGGUACGAGGCGGCCUACCACAUGGACGGUGAGAGUAUCCUGGAGGGCCACACACUCCUGCAGGACCGUUACCAACAGCUGAUAAGGACUAUAAUGGCUGAUGAAACGUAUGACUUCGCCCGGGAGCUACUGGGCACCUCUCUCAAUGGUAUACAGGACUUUUACUCCCAGACGACGUGGGUUGAGCUGGGUAACACUGAGGUACUGGAGGGUUUGGGCCUCCCCGGGAUGGCCAUAGGGGAGGUGGCUGGCCCAAACGACCCCACCUGUACCAACUGUGACCACACUGAAGGGUCGUGUGACAACAACUUGAUCCCCAGCAGCAAGUUGACCAGCGGCUACUACGAGUACACCGUCACAGGGGCCGAGUCUUUCGUUAAACCAAAACCUGAUGGCGUAGGUAAGUGCAGCCACGGAGGUUCCAUGGACUCCUCAAGAACCAAGGAAGCCACUGGAGGCAUCAACAAGGAGAGCACCUCCCCCUGCUUCUCUCCCCACCACCACCUCCACCAGCAAGCUAAGGACCUGGCCAUCAAGGCCAGUGAGAGCUACAUCGCCAACCUACGAGACGUCAUUGGUGAUGAACGUUUCUUGCACCUGCUGGAACUGUACCGCGGCUCAGCCCUCUCUAUUGUCAUCGACAAGACAACAUCCAUGAAUGACGAGAUUGAAGUUGUGAGAAAAGAGGCAAGACUUAUUGUCGAGAAAACACAGCCAGAGCUCUUUGUUUUGGUUCCAUAUGGAGACCCUGACAGUGGACCCGUUACAAAAACUACAGAUGCCAAUGACUUCCUACAAGUAAUAGAUGAUCUGAAAAUGGAGGUCGGAUGCUGCUGUCUAGAGGAGAAGUUCUGGCACGGUCUCCAGCUAGCACUCAUCAACACUCCAGAUUACUCCACCAUCUACUGUUUUACUGAUGCUGGCGCGAAUGACGCAGAGAUCAUGGAUGGCGUCAUUGCAUUGGCUUCAAAUAAACACUGCAAGGUGAGCAUCAUCUACAGCUACGCCAAUAACGGAGGAUCACAGGCACAGUGUCCCGGCUACGUCGUCUCCGGCACUGAGGAGCUCAAGAACCUGGCCGACAUCACCGGUGGUCAGUUCAUCGAGAUUAACCAGUUCGAUAUUGACGACAUCUCAGGGUUCAUAGAAGACGGUGUGGAUGAGAGUAAGGUUGGGCUACGGAUGAGAGAGGACGUAGUGAAUCAUCAAGAACUUUCCUUUCCUAUCGACGAGUCCAUCGCUAAUUUCACCGUGGUCAUUAACGGAGUAAUCGACGAGGCUACACUCACAGAUGGACUGGGUAGUUGGUAUGAUCUGAAAGACAAGGGUGGUCUGAACGCCACUGAUAACGUCAAGGUUAUCACGCACACUGACUACCUCAAGUCUAUCACAUUCACUUCACCAGCUCACUGCCAGUGGUCUAUGAAGCUGAGCGCUCAAACACAGUACAGUGUGUCUGUGAGUGCCAUUUCUACCUUGGGAUUCCUAGCAGAAUAUACAGAGCUGGAGCUGCUGCCUCCUCGACCCAGCUACGUCUUGAUUCCUGGACGCCCCCUGACAGGACAGCAGUACUAUGUUGAGAUAUCUCUAGUUGGAUAUCUGGAAAGCAACGUUGAGAAGAUUACAUUCAUGGAGUUUGUGGAUAAGAAGGGAAGUGUUCUCUCCCAUGUCGACUAUCAUGGUGAGGUGGACGACCACAUCUACAUCCAAUCAGAGGCACUCCCAGGGGUCCCCUUCUACAUACAAAUUGAUGGAUACCUCGAAAAAGGUAAACCCUUCAGUCGCAUCUCCCCAACUCUGGCGAUUCCUGUGGAAAGUCAGAUCGAACUGUUGGUAGAGUCAUCAGUCUUGUACGCCACCCCAGGUCAGAGCACCAAGGCCUACUUCCGGGUCCAUAAUUACGGUCCUGAGGCUCAGUUUAAGUACACAGCUACUGACGAAGCCAAAUACAUCUACCAUUGGAAUCCAAAGACAUCUAUCAUACCAUCCAUGGGAACGAAAGAUGUGGAGGUGGACUUCCGAAUACCUUCUCUCGCUGCCCCGGGAACCACCAGCACCGUCACCUUCACGGCCGCCUCUGUCCUCAACCCCGCUAACGUCAACACUUACAUCACCUACUAUCUUGUUAUUGAUAAAAACCAGGACACAGUACCUCCCACGUGUGAUAGUAAAGACGUCCCCGACUGUUCAGGUUAUAACACAGAGUCUAGCUGCGGAGACAAGUCAUGGACCAUUGUGGCCACCCUGCAGGAUACUCUCUCAGGUUUGAAUAGCGUGUAUUCUCGCCCCGAUGGAGACUUGACCCUUGACGGGUUUACUAAGUCCACAACAGAUCCAGUCACUGCCACCUUCACUGCUUCAUGCUGUGUCCGAACUUUAGAUGUCAUUGGUGUUGAUGAAAGAGGUAACCUUGGUCGCUGUCAGUGGGACCUCGGUGACCUUCAAGUUCAUUAG